UGCGAGUCCCGGCGCUUUCCGGAAGAAGAUGGCUCAAGACCGGCCUUUACUUGCUGUGCAGGAGGCCCUGAAGAAGUGCUUCCCGGUGGUGGAGGAGCAGCAGGGCCUGUGGGAGAGCACCCUGCGGGACUGCUCGCCGCUCCUGGCCUCCCUCAGCAACCUGGCAGAGCAGUUGCAGGCCGCGCAAAGCGUGCGGUUCCAAGAUGUGCCGGCGCUCCGGGCCUUCCCGGACUUACAGGAACGGCUGAGGCGCAAGCAGCUGGCGGCUGGGGACGUGGUCCUGGACAAGCUAGGGGAGAGGCUAGCCACCCUCCUCAAGGUGCGUGACACGGUCAGCAGCCAUGUGGAGCAAGUGUUUCGGAUCUAUGAGCAACAUGCAGACGUGAUCGGCCUUGUUGCUGUUCUGCAGCCCUCGGCUGAGAGCCCUUCUGUGGCUGACAUGUUGGAAUGGUUGCAAGAUAUUGAGAGACAUUAUCGAAGUUCGUAUCUGAAGAGAAAGUAUCUCUUUUCCUCCAUCCAGUGGGGAGACUUGGCAGGUAUCCAAGCAUUGCCCAAGGCCUGGGACCAAAUUUCAGCAGAUGAACACCAAGAUCUUGUACAAGAUAUCCUACUGAAUGUUUCCUUCUUCCUGGAAGAGUAAGGAAACUUCACGUUUAUGUGGAGACCAGAAGCACCACAGUUGAAGACUGACAUUGCUGCACUGUGAUAUUUCUAAAGAAACAUCAGCAUAACAACCUGACAUGUUUGAAAUAUCAAUGCCUAAAACCCAAGGACUGGGUCCUGAGAGGAUUGAUGGUAAAUGUCUCUGGGGCUUCUCCAUGCCAGACCGUGCCAAGGGUUCCUGGGCCAUUGCUUGCCCUUCCUGAGGUUCAGGGCAAUGGAGGAGAUAGAGAGAAAGCAGGAAAGGCAGUACUGAUAAACCUGUCUGUAUCAUAAGGACCAAGCAGCAGGGAGGGAAAGGACAGGAGAUAAAGGGCAGAAGUCACCUGUGGCAUUAUCUGAAGCACCAAGUCUGACUGAUAUCGGAUCCUGGCUUUGUGUCUGUACUUGACACCUUGAAGAACGAAAAAGAGGUUUUGAUGAUUUAAAGGAGUAAGGAUAUGGCUGGGGGGGGGUAUGGUUCAGUAGUAGAGCUUGUGUUUGGCAUGUUUGAACCCCUGGCUUCAAUCCCCAGCACCAAAAAAAUAAAAAAUAAACUAAGAAGAAAAGAGAGAAGGAUGACAGGUUGCAGUAGUUUCUUAUCAAGUGAUUUCCAUUUCCAAAGCCUGCCACCAGGGGGAGGUGGUGCAGUAUGAAUUGUGUGGUUGCUUUUGUCUUGGAGAGCAGAUCUCCUGUUGCUGUUACCAUCUGAGAGAAAAUAACUGGGGAAAGUGAGACUUCCAAAAAGACAGGGUGUUUUUGGCCAAAGGUGGCAUCACACUUGCCACAUUUUUUUGAGUUGGAGUAGCUGCAUGGGUGGGAGAGAGCCAGGAUAGGCAGGUGACUGGAGUGUGGGACUAAGGGCCCUGGCCUUCAUGUGUGCAAUGAUUGUGUGCCUGUGGAAGUCUCAUGACUGACAUAAAGGGACUUAGUAAGGAGUAGAGAUAUUUUUCAAAAUGAAAAUGGCUGUUUAUUUUUUUAUUACCAUGCUUUUUAAAAAGAUUGUAAGAAAACUAGGAAAAAAUUUAAAAGGUAUAAAUAAAUUAACUCCACCAAAGGCAUUUUGGUAUAUGUUCCUUUAGGGGCAACUUACAAUUUUUUUUUUUUUUAAGCAUGAUACCAUCAAUAUAUACUGUUGUCUUUUAAAACAUUAUAGCAUGGCAUUUUUUCAUAUAUGUAAAUAUACCUCAGCACAAUUAUACACCAUUGUAUGUAUCAUAUACCAUUUUGUGAAUGUUAUAAAUUUUACAUUUCAUCUUACAUUUUACAUAGUUUUCUAAAUCUUUUGUGUUUUUCUACCUAUAAAGGUAAUACAUUCUGAUUGUAGAAAAAUUGAAGUAUUGCAUAGAAAUAUACUUUGUCCACUUACCAAAUAACUAGUAUUAAUAAAAUGGUAUUUUAUUCCUCCAGUAAUUAAAAAAAUCUGUCAUAUACAUAAUUAUUAUAAAUAAAACUUAGAAAACA